AUGGCAGAAGAUAAAAAUGGAGACACUAAAAAUAUCAUCAUCAAAUUACCACAAGAUCCGAUUAAAAAUCUAACAGUCGCAGAAAUGUAUGAUAAAGAAAAAUAUGACUUAUCAAUAAUGGAAGAAGGUGAUGUAUUUACCAUGCUAGAUGCCACUAGAGAAGGUUUAACCGAUGAAGAAGUUAAUGAACGUCUUAUAAAGUUUGGACAUAAUCGACUUGAACAUAAAGAAACAAGUGCCAUCAUACAAUUUCUUCUCUUCAUGUGGAAUCCACUUUCCUGGGUGAUGGAAGCAGCAGCUAUUGUCGCUAUUGUUGCUUCCAACGGUGGUGGAAAACCUCCCGAUUGGGAAGACUUUGUUGGAAUCAUUCUUCUUCUUCUUGCUAACUCAAUUAUUGGUUUUGUUGAACAACGUAAUGCUGGCAAUGCUGUUAAAGCGCUCAUGGCAUCAUUAGCACCCGAAGCAAAAGUCAAACGAAAUGGUGAAUGGAAAGUUAUAGACGCAGCUGACCUUGUUCCUGGUGAUAUCAUCAGUGUCAAACUUGGAGAUGUGAUACCAGCUGAUGCACGUUUAGUUGCUGCACAUGGCGGAGUCUCAAUUGAUCAAGCAGCAUUAACGGGCGAAUCACUUCCUGUUAAUAAAGUCGCUGGAGAUGAAAUAUUUUCGGGUUCAACUUGUAAACAAGGCGAGGCAGAAGCGAUCGUUAUUGGCACUGGCCUAAAUACAUUUUUCGGACGAGCCGCUAAAUUAGUUGGAAGCGCUAGUGAUGAAAUCGGUCAUUUACAGACGAUUCUUGCAAAAAUUGGUAAUUUUUGUAUUAUUGGUAUAGUUAUAUUUCUAGUUGCAGAAAUUCUUGUCAUGUAUGCUGGUUUUCGUUACGAAUAUCGACGUGGUAUUAAUAACUUGUUAGUCCUGUUAAUCGGUGGCAUACCCAUAGCUAUGCCAACCGUUUUAUCAGUCACAUUAGCUAUUGGUGCGAAACAAUUAUCUCAACACAAAGCUAUCGUUACACAUAUUACAGCUAUCGAAGAACUUGCUGCUGUUACAAUAUUGUGUUCGGAUAAAACUGGAACAUUGACAUUGAAUAAACUUGAAAUUGAUAAACCCACUGUGAAGCAAUAUUCAAACGUCGAGAUUAAUGAGAUCAUCCAUUAUGCAGCUAUUGCAUCACGUACAGAGAAUCAAGAUGCUAUUGAUACAUGUAUAACAGGAGCUUAUGGUGAUGUUAAAACGAUACGAGCGGGUAUUGAAGAAUUGGAAUUUAAACCUUUCAAUCCUACAAAUAAAAGAACAGAGAUAACAUAUAAGACAACCAGUGAUGGAAGUGUACAUCGUAUUAGUAAAGGUAUGUCACAUUCUAUAUUGGAUUUGUGUACGCGCAAUAAAACACCAGAACAAAUAAAGCAGUUGAAUGCUGAUGUCGAUGAAUUCGCUCUACGAGGUUUACGCGCAUUAGCUGUUGCAAUCGAAGAUGUGCCAAGUGGACAAGUCGAUGGUGAAGGAAAUGGUUUCGAAUUAGUUGGUCUGCUACCAAUUUAUGACCCACCGCGGUCAGAUACAAAAGAAACGAUUGAGCGUGCUAUUGCAUUAGGCGUGAAAGUGAAAAUGAUCACUGGUGAUCAACUAGCUAUCGCUAAGGAAACUGGGCGACGACUUGGCAUGGGUGACAACAUGUACCUGUCGAAAACACUUAAAGAUGGACCACCACCUGAAUCUGGCUACCGUGAUGUUGAUGAUUUAAUUUUACAUGCUGAUGGCUUUGCUGGUGUUUAUCCUGAACAUAAAUAUGAGAUUGUUGAAAAGCUACAAAAUCUAGGAUAUAUGAUAGCGAUGACUGGUGAUGGUGUCAAUGAUGCACCAGCGCUUUCCAAAGCUAAUGUCGGUGUAGCUGUUGCAGAUGCAUCUGAUGCAGCACGUUCAGCUGCUGAUAUCGUUUUAACCGAACCUGGUCUAUCAGUCAUCAUUGAAGCUAUUCUUGGUUCAAGACAAAUUUUUCAACGUAUGAGAAACUACGCCAUUUAUACAUGUUCAAUAACAAUUCGUGUCAUAGUUGGAUUUUCUGUUUUAAUAUUUGCAUUUAAAUUCGAUUUUCCAUCAUUUAUGGUACUCAUUCUUGCUAUACUUAAUGAUGGUACAAUUAUGACUAUUUCGAAAGAUCGUGUUAAACCUUCUCCCUAUCCGAAUAGUUGGAAUUUAACUGAAAUCUUUACGUAUGCCAUUGUGUACGGAAUAUAUUUAGCUGCAUCGACAGUUGCGUUUUUUGCUGUAGCCGUUGAAACAGACUUUUUUCAAAAGUUCAAUGUGAAAACUAUCACCUACGGUAACUCGUCCAGUUCAUAUCGAGGGUGGAACGAUCCGAUUUUACACUCUGUAAUUUAUUUACAAGUAUCCACAAUCAGUCAAGCAUUGAUAUUCAUAACGCGUGCUCAUGGUUUCUUUUUCAAGGAACGACCAUCAGUAAUAUUAGUUGUUGCUUUCAUGAUAGCUCAACUUGUUGCAACAUUUAUUGCAGUAUGGGCUAAUUGGGAUUUUACUGAUAUUAAAGGUUGUGGUUGGAACUGGGCUGGCGUUGUUUGGAUAUGGAAUAUUGUUUGGUUUUUCCCACUCGACGGUAUUAAAUACGCACUUCGUGCUUACUUUGAUCCAAUACAAAAGCGAGCUAUUGAAGAGUUAUUAACACCCGAGCCUUCAACACAAGCACAAACUAUUCGGCGUAAAAGUACAUUGGCUGCUGCUGCUAGUGGUCCGCUGUCACGUCGUUCUACGAUGGCUCGUGGUGAAGGUUCACUAGGAAGAAGAGGAACAUUUAUUGAAGCAACUGCAAAAUUUUAUACGCCUCUAACAAAACAUUUAUCAACAUCACGGUUUCAUCGUAAUUUCGCUCGAAUGCUCAAAAGUGAAGGUGCCAAUGCUCCAAGAAUCGCUGUGGAUCAUGAUGAGCUUCGACGUUUCUCACUUGUACAGGCUCAUCAUGCGUCCAAGCUGCUCAAUCCAAAAGGUACAAAUACGAAUCGUAGAAUAACAACUGCUUUGUAA